AUGAAUGGUGUCGAAGAGAUUACAUCUAACUUGCACAAUCUCGUGGGACUCGCUGCAGGCAUGAAUGAUCGCUCUACUCCGAUGAACACAGUUCUGGACAAAUGUACUGUUGUACUUGAAGAACUCCGAACUAUUCAAAUUCUCACUGAAACUCAUUCUGAAGGAAUCAGCGAUCAGUUGAAACAGACCGAAACGAAUAUUCUGGAAAUUGAAAACCUGUUCACUAGAAUUGAUCAACUCAAUGAAAAUGUUCAAAAAACCAAAUCGGACCUUGACAAGCUUGAAAAACUCUACAAUGUGGUUACUCGACAAUAA